GACUAGGAGAAUUCAAAUCAGAACAAUACUGAAGACACAGGACCAGUUGAUUUUCUAUGAAACGCUUUCAGGGGCCAACAUAGCAGUGAACAGGUACAACCCCAGGUUUCCCCAGUCUACCUGAUAAAUGACGCACAUUUGUGAUAUUUCUCUAUACACAUGUGCCUGUGGCUCUCAUAACAAUAAUUACAGUGGUUUUACCUUCCCAAAGUCAAUGACAUUAAAAUUAAAUCUUUAUUCUUCUUUCUUUUUUCAGAACAAGCUUGCCCUCCCCUAUGUUUUCCAGAAAUGACUUCAGUAUCUGGAGCAUCCUCAGAAAAUGUAUUGGAAUGGAAUUAUCCAAGAUCACGAUGCCAGUUAUAUUCAAUGAGCCUUUGAGCUUCCUACAGCGACUAACUGAAUAUAUGGAGCACACAUACCUCAUCCACAAGGCCAGUUCCUUCUCGGAUCCUGUGGAAAGGAUGCAGUGUGUAGCUGCAUUUGCUGUAUCAGCUGUUGCUUCUCAGUGGGAACGUACUGGAAAGCCUUUCAAUCCACUCCUGGGAGAGACUUACGAAUUAGUUCGAGAUGACCUUGGGUUCAGACUCAUCUCCGAACAGGUCAGCCAUCACCCACCAAUUAGUGCAUUUCAUGCUGAAGGAUUAAACAACGAUUUCAUCUUUCACGGCUCAAUCUAUCCCAAACUCAAGUUCUGGGGGAAGAGCGUAGAAGCGGAACCCAAAGGAACCAUCACAUUGGAGCUCCUUGAGACUGGGGACAAAUGUGUAUUGAAUUUUAAGCCAUGUGGCCUUUUUGGUAAGGAAUUACACAAAGUCGAAGGCUACAUUCAGGAUAAAAGCAAAAAGAAACUAUGUGCCCUUUAUGGGAAGUGGACUGAAUGUUUAUACAGUGUUGACCUGGCCACUUUUGAUGCUUACAAAAAAAAUGAUAAGAAAAAUACUGAGGAGAAGAAGAACAGCAAACAGAUGAGCACUUCUGAGGAGUCAGAUGAAAUGCCAAUGCCAGAUUCUGAAAGCGUAUUUGUUAUCCCUGGAAGUGUUCUCCUGUGGCGAAUAGCCCCCAGGCCUCCAAAUUCUGCGCAGAUCAAGCUAGUGAAGAAAAAAAGCGACUGGAGGAAAAACAAAGAGCAGCCCGCAAAAACAGGUCCAAGUCAGAAGAGGACUGGAAGACGAGGUGGUUCCAUCAAGGUCCUAAUCCCUACAACGGAGCACAGGACUGGCUUUACUCGGGCAGCUACUGGGACAGAAACUACUUCAAUUUGCCUGACAUUUAUUAAAAUGCAGACAAGUCAGGGUGGUUGGCUAAUUUACAAAUAAGUCUUAAACCUAU